AUGUGGAAAAUAAAGUCGUUAAAUAGUGAAGAUAUAACAAAUAGAGAUGGUUCGUCAAUUGGUCAGAAAAAUGAAAUUCAAAGCAGUGAAAAACAAUCGGAUCUCACAAAGAAUCAAUUAAGUAGAUCAAAUACUAUUGAUUUAGAACCUUAUAGAUUAUCAAUAAAAGAUGUUUCUAAAUUAUUUGAAACUGAUUUGAAAUUAGGUUUAACUGAUUCUCAAGCUAAUGCUAAUUUACAUGAAUUUGGUAAGAAUAAUUUAGGUAAAGAAGAAACCAUUUCUAUCACUAAAAUUUUAGCUCAUCAAAUUUUUAAUGCUAUGAUCUUAGUUUUAAUUAUUUCAAUGAUUAUUGCUUUAGCUAUUAGAGAUUGGAUUUCUGGUGGUGUUAUUGGGUUUGUUAUUGGUAUAAAUAUUUUUGUUGGAUUUAUUCAAGAAUUUAAAGCUGAAAAAACAAUGGGUUCAUUAAGAAAUUUAAGUUCACCAGAAGCAAGAGUUGUUAGAAAUGGUAUUGAACAAAAUAUUGAUGCUGAAGAAGUUGUACCUGGUGAUAUUGUUCAUAUUAAAGUUGGUGAUACUGUUCCUGCAGAUUUAAGAUUAAUUGAAAAUUUAAAUUUAGAAACUGAUGAAGCAAUGUUAACUGGUGAAUCUUUACCAAUUGCAAAAGAUUGUGAAGAAAUUUUUAUAACUGAUGAACCAAUUCCAGUUGGUGAUAGGAUUAAUAUGGCUUUUAGUUCAUCUAUUGUUGCCAAAGGUAGAGGUGUUGGUAUUGUUGUUGCUACUGCAUUAGAUACAGAAAUUGGUAGAAUUGCAGAUUCUUUAAAGAACAGUGAUGAUAAAUUAAUUGUUAAAGUUGAAAAACCAAGUUUUAAAAAUUAUUUUUAUGCAUUUUGGAAAUCAACUUUAAAUAUUAUUUUAAAUGUUUUAGGUACAAAUGUUGGUACCCCAUUACAAAGAAGAUUAGCUUGGCUAGCUAUUUUAUUAUUUUGGGUUGCUGUUAUAUUUGCAAUUGUUGUUAUGGGUUCACAAAAAAUGAAUGUUAAUAGAAAUGUUGCAAUUUAUGCAAUUUGUGUUGCAUUAUCAAUGAUUCCUUCUUCAUUAAUUGUUGUUUUAACUAUUACAAUGGCUAUUGGUGCUCAAGUUAUGGUUACAAAAAAUGUUAUUGUACGUAAAUUAGAUUCAUUAGAAGCUUUAGGUGGUAUAAAUGAUAUUUGUUCAGAUAAAACUGGUACUUUAACUUUAGGUAAAAUGAUUGCUAAAAAAGUUUGGAUUCCAAAUUUUGGUAGUUUUAAUGUUGAAAAUUCAAAUGAACCAUAUAAUCAUACUAUUGGUGAAGUUAAAUUUAAUGAAAUGUCACCAAAACAAAUUGAUGAUGUUGAUGAAGAAAUCAGUUUUAGUUCAGAUUUACCAAAUGAUUCAAAUCUUUAUUUGAAAAAUUGGUUAGAUACUGCUACUUUAGCUAAUAUUGCAAAAGUUAAAGAAGUUGAUGGUGAAUGGGAAGCUCAUGGAGAUCCAACUGAAAUUGCUAUAAAUGUAUUUACAAGAAGAUUAAAUUAUGAAAGAGAUGAUUUAAUUUCUAAUAAUAAAUUAAAUUUUAUUUCUGAAUUUCCAUUUGAUUCAUCAAUUAAAAGAAUGUCAACUAUUUAUGAAAAUCCAAAUGGUGAAACUAGAAUUUAUUCAAAAGGAGCAGUGGAAAGAGUUUUAGAUAUAUGUUCAAAUUGGUAUCAAGAUGAUAAAUUAAUUCCCCUUACUGAAGAUUCAAUUCAAUUAAUUGAAGCUAAUAUGAAUUCAUUAUCAUCACAAGGUCUAAGAGUUUUAGCAUUUGCUUCAAAAGAAUUAAAUCCAACCAAAACAGAUUUAAAUUCAAGAGAUCAAGUUGAAGCUGGUUUAACAUUUUUGGGGUUAAUUGGUAUAUAUGAUCCACCAAGACCAGAAUCUCGUAAAUCAGUUCAAUUGUGUCAUCAUGCAGGUAUAAAUGUCCAUAUGUUAACUGGUGAUCAUCCAGGAACUGCAAGAGCAAUAGCUCAAGAAGUUGGUAUUUUACCUCAUAAUUUAUAUCAUUAUGCUAAAGAAGUUGUCCAAGCUAUGGUUAUGACUGCAAAUGAAUUUGAUUCUUUAACAGAUGAACAAAUUGAUGAAUUACCAGUAUUACCUUUAGUUAUUGCACGUUGUGCACCACAAACUAAAGUUCGUAUGAUUGAAGCAUUACAUAGAAGAAAAAAAUUCGUUGCAAUGACAGGUGAUGGAGUUAAUGAUUCCCCAUCAUUAAAAAAAGCAGAUGUUGGUAUAGCUAUGGGUAUGAAUGGAUCAGAUGUUGCAAAAGAUGCUUCUGAUAUUAUAUUAACUGAUGAUAAUUUUGCAUCAAUUUUGAAUGCUAUAAAAGAAGGUAGAAGAAUGUCAUCAAAUAUUCAAAAAUUUGUAUUACAAUUAUUAGCUGAAAAUGUAGCACAAGCUAUAUAUUUAAUGGUUGGUUUAGUAUUUAUGGAUAAUGAUGGUUUUUCAGUUUUUCCCUUAGCACCAGUUGAAGUAUUAUGGAUUAUUGUUGUUACUUCAUGUUUCCCAGCUAUGGGAUUAGGUCAAGAAAAAGCUCAACAUGAUAUUUUGGAUUUACCACCAAAUAAAACAAUUUUUACAAAAGAAGUAAUGAUUGAUAUGUUUGCUUAUGGAAUAUGGAUGGCUGCUUGUUGUUUAGCCGUAUUUGUUAUUGUUGUUUAUGGAGCUGGUGAUGGUCAAUUAGGAUCUGAUUGUAAUACUACUUCAGGUACAAAUUGUAAUUUAGUUUUCAGAGGUAGAGCAGCUGCAUUUUCUGCUUUUACUUGGUGUGCAUUAUUAUUAGCUUGGGAAUGUAUUCAUUUAAGAUUAUCAUUUUUUAAAAUGCAUCCAGAAUCUGAAAAAUCUUGGGUUAUGCAAUUAAUUGGAGAUUUAUGGGAAAAUCAAUUUUUAUUUUGGUCAAUUAUUGGAGGAUUUGUUUCAGUUUUUCCAGUCAUUUUUAUUCCAGUUAUAAAUGAUAUUGUAUUUCAACAUAAACCAAUUGGUUGGGAAUUUGGAUUAGCUAUUGGAUUUACUAUUUUAUUUUUAUUAGGUGCUGAAUUGUGGAAAUGGAUGAAAAGAAUUUAUUUGAGGAAAUUUAUUUCCAAAUCUUCUGGUUUAGUUGAAGCUAAUGAUCCAUUUGAACAAUAUGAAACUUUUAGUAAGAAUAAUACUUUAGUUGUUUAA